UGCUAUAUCUAAUGAAAACAGAAAAAGCGUGUGAGAGACAGAAAGAUGGAAAGAGAAGUGGAAAUAGAAAUCCGUACACUCACCGGUGAAUCUACGAAGGUGAGAAUAUCAUCAAAAAAAAUUGUUAAUGACCUCAAACUCCUCUUGAUUCAUGCAUCUUCCUCCCCCAAUUUCCAUCUCUUCUUCAAGGGAGUGAAAUUGAGUUUGAAGACUCCGAUCGACACGCUUUCUAUUGAGAAUGGUGAAUUUCUAGUUCUAGUUCCAUUCAACAAGAAAAAAGAUCCACCUAAAACCCCAACACCUGAUUUUUACAAAAACGCCCCUACAAAACCCUCAAUUUCUACCUUGGCAGAUUCAACAUUUUCUGAGAUGAUGCAAGACUUGUCGUUUUUAUCAGAAAAACCAACCACCAGCACAAGCACAAGCACAAGCACAAACAGUACUGCUGCUACACAGCCCGAUUAUAUGUUUUCCGGAUACAAGCGAAAGAGGGGUUUUAAAGAUACUCCUACUAGUAGUAGUAGUGAUAAAGAGUUGUUUUGUUUUUUAUGGAGUGUGUUGCGUUCUCCUAACAAAAACAAUUAUAUUGUCGACGACAAAACAAAAUGUGAAAAAUUUGUUGAGGUUUUGGAUUCAUUUAGUUGCUUGACGAAUCCACAUUCCAGGACAUGUGUGUUUUUGGAUUUGGGAUUGUGUGGAGAUAAGAGGCCUUCGUGCUUUUGUCCGGCGUGGCUGAAAAGAAUUAUGCAGGCUUUUGCCUUCUUGAAUAUUUUCACUGCAUUUCUUCAAAUGCAGAGGCGAGAAAUUACCUCGGAUUCAUUGAAGGACGCCCUAAAGAAUCUUGCGAAAUCUGGUUUGAAAGCUGGUUUUGAGGAUAUAGAGCUUCUUUCUGUUCUCUAUCCUAAGGUUGUAAUUUUUGCUACUAAUGAUUCUAAGUUUGCUAAUGCUGCUGAUGUCUUUGUUAUCAUCAAUUCUGAAACAAAGGAUAAGGAUGAAAUUGGUGAACCUUCUAGAAAAGGUAAAAAAUCCCUGUCUUUAUCGACCAUAUUCAAUACAAUGAAAAAACAGGAAAGUGCCUUUAAAACUAAUUUGUGGGAAGCUGCUAAAUUUUUAUUGUGCAAAAUUGGAAAUAGAGUUGCAAUGCCAUUUUCCUUGGAAGAUCUACUGAAAUUUGUGAGGAAAGAUGGCAUUUCUGUGAGUGAAAGUGAAGCAAAGCAGGCAAAAGGAUGCCAUUCCUUGGCCUCAAGCUCAUAUUCAUUCCAGACACGAUGCCAUGAAACAAAUCAAUUGCUGCCAGUGGAAAUGGUUGAACAUCUCAGAGAAGGCAUUGGAUCGAAAGGACAGAUAGUGCAUGUUGAAGACAUUGACUCUAGAAAACCUAUUUAUGUGCAAGUACCAAAUGUACUCUCAGAUAACAUGAAGUCUGCUCUAAAAUGCAUGGGAAUCACUAAAUUAUACAGUCACCAGGCAGAGUCCAUCCUGGCCUCUCUUUCUGGGAAGAAUGUCGUGGUGGCAACAAUGACAUCUAGUGGCAAAUCUCUUUGCUAUAAUGUGCCUGUUCUGGAAGCUUUGUCCCAGGAUUUGUCAUCUUGUGCUCUGUACUUGUUUCCAACUAAGGCCUUGGCUCAAGAUCAACUAAGAGCGUUAGCAAAGAUGAUUAAAGGAUUUGAUACUAGCAUAAACAUAGGGAUAUAUGACGGUGACACUGCUCUGAAGGACAGGCUGUUGCUUCGUGCGAAUGCUAGAUUGUUGAUCACAAAUCCAGAUAUGUUACACUUGUCAAUUUUACCUUAUCAUAGACAAUUUGAUAGAAUUUUAUCAAAUCUCAGGUUUGUGGUGAUUGAUGAAGCUCAUUAUUACAAAGGUGCAUUUGGAUGCCACACUGCUCUAAUAUUGAGACGACUUCGUCGUCUCUGUUCUCAUGUAUAUGGCAGUGAUCCUUCUUUUGUGUUUUCUACUGCAACUUCUGCCAACCCUUGCGAGCAUUGCAUGGAACUUGCAAAUCUUUCAACAUUGGAGCUGAUUAAAAAUGAUGGAAGUCCAUCUUCUCGGAAGCUUUUUGUUCUUUGGAAUCCUACUUCAUGUCCUAGAAUCGUGCCAAAUAAAUCUGAGGGUCACAUGGAUGUUAGUGAGAGCACAGAGAAAAGCAUGAGCCCAAUUUCAGAAGUUUCAUACCUCUUUGCAGAAAUGGUUCAGCAUGGACUUCGUUGCAUUGCCUUUUGCAGAUCUCGUAAACUCACUGAGAUUGUCUUAUCUUAUACGCGUGAGAUUCUUCAAAAGACAGCACCCCACCUUGUAGGCUCAAUUUGUGCUUAUCGUGCUGGCUAUGUUGUUGAGGAUCGGAGGCAAAUAGAGAGAGAUUUUUUCAGUGGGAAACUCUCUGGCAUUGCUGCAACAAAUGCUCUUGAGUUGGGUAUUGAUGUUGGCCAUAUUGAUGCCACCCUGCAUUUAGGCUUUCCUGGUAGUUUUGCCAGUUUGUGGCAGCAAGCUGGCAGGUCUGGAAGAAGAGAAAGGCCAUCUCUUGCUGUAUAUGUUGCGUUUCAAGGACCUCUGGAUCAAUAUUUUAUGAAAUUUCCUAAAAAACUCUUCCAUGGUCCGAUUGAGUGCUGUCAUAUUGAUGCUCAAAACCAGCAGGUGUUGAAGCAACAUCUGGUCUGCGCUGCUCGUGAACACCCAUUGAGUUUGCUUCAUGAUGAGAAAUAUUUUGGCUCUAGUUUAAGCAAUGCGCUGAUGUCCCUUAAAAAUAAAGGAGACCUGAGCUUUGAUCCUUCACGUGAUUCUUUUGCUAGAAUAUGGAGUUACAUUGGGCAUGAGAAAAUGCCUUCACGUGGAAUUAGUAUUCGAGCAAUAGAGUCCACCAGAUACAGAGUGAUAGACAUGCAGCGGAAUGAAGUCCUUGAAGAGAUUGAGGAAAGCAAAGCUUUCUUCCAGAUAUAUGAAGGUGCGGUCUAUAUGCACCAAGGGAAGACCUAUAUGGUCAAGAAAUUGGAUAUAUCAGAAAAGAUUGCUUUGUGCUAUGAAGCCAACUUGCAUUAUUAUACAAAAACCCGUGAUUAUACAGAUAUUGAUGUCCUUGGAGGUGAUAUUGCCUAUCCACCAAGGGCCUUCAAGAACCAGUCUUCAAGAACAGCAGCUCAAGCACUUUCUUGUAAAGUAACAACUACUUGGUUUGGUUUCUAUUGCAUAAAAAGAGGAAGCAACAAAGUCUUAGAUACUUUUGAUCUUUCACUACCCAAAUAUUCAUAUGAAUCUCAGGCAGUUUGGAUUCCAGUUCCUCAGUCAAUUAAAAAAUUGGUCGAGGAGAAACAAUUUUCCUUUCGUGGGGGUUUGCAUGCUGCUUCACAUGCUCUUCUCAAUGUAGUGCCUUUAUAUUUAAGAUGCAACUCGUCUGACUUAGCUCCAGAGUGUCCAAACCCUCAUGAUAGCCGUUAUUUUCCUGAAAGAAUACUUGUUUAUGAUCAGCAUCCAGGAGGGACAGGUGUCUCAAUGCAGAUUCAACCUUAUUUCACAGAGCUGUUGAAUGCUGCUUUGGAACUUCUCACAUGUUGCCACUGCUCAGGAGACACUGGCUGCCCAAAUUGUGUUCAAAGUAUGGUUUGUCACGAGUACAACGAGGUUAUUCACAAGGAUGCUGCGAUUAUGAUUCUUGAGGGUGUUCUGGAUGCAGAGUCUUUCUUUGGAGAAGCAAACGACUCUUCCUAAAACCAUAGCGAGUCCUGAAUCAUUAGCGCUUGCUAAUAUGGUUCUCUUACAGCCUGGGGAGGGUUUACUGAAUUUGUCAGUUGUACAUGUAUCGUUGACUGUUGCAGAGCCUACUACAGUGGCAAGUAACAUUGUUUAUGAAAUUAUGAAGGCCAACUUCAUAUCAAAAAAGCCAAACCAUACAUCUUAGUCUCUAAAUGAUUAGUUAUCUUUGGUCGAGUUUUUUGUCCUUGCAAAGAUUUCAAAUUAGCUUGUGAAGCUUGCGAAGUCGCUUGCAAUCAAAGAAAAAUCAAGGACAUGGAUACUUGUAAAGAAGUCUAUUAUCAACUUUUUCUACCUCAUUUUCCGUCA